AUGAAUCAUGUUAUAACUGAGCUAAAAAUCGAUGGAGUGCUCAAGAUUUUAGAUCAUGCAAACAUUCACAUCAAGUUUGAAUAAUUAGUUUUCGGAAAAAAUGGAAUUCUUCAAAUUGGAAACACUUCUCCUAUUUUAAAUCACUAUGUUAUUUUAGAAGAAAUAGGAGAUAAAAUAUGCAGUGAUAACUAAAAUACGCAGGGUAUUUUUAUCAUAUAAUCUGCUAACUACGAAUACAACCACUUGACUGCUCCUGUUUAUUAAGGCUCUUCAACAAUCAGGCAAUCUCAAUUUAGUUCUCAUUUAUACAUAAGCUAAGAAGUCUUUAUUGUAAAUACAAGCAAUUUGAUCUCAGAAAAUCAUACUGUAAAGUCUAUCAAUCAAAAAGACAUCUAAUUUUAUGAACAAAUUUAGAAUGAUUUUAUAGAUGAUCCAAGCAAAUAUUAGUUUUACAUUAAGCAUCAAAGGAUUAUCAUUUAUCACAAAAGAAAUCUAGGUGUUUUCUUCAAAAAUAUGUGCAUUCUAGGCAAAGAAAGCCUUUUUAAAGGCGUUGCUUUUAUAGAUAUCAAGGCGAUCAAUUUAUAAGAUUCUACUUUCACUCAUAAUAUUGUAUACGAUUAAGAAAAGCUACUAAAAUAAAAUUAAAGUAAAAGAAGUAUUUCUUUGCAUAACAUCAGUGUUAUGAAUAUCUUUGCUCAAACUAAAGAUUUGGUUAUUUAAAUUAGUGAGAAGAGUUCCUCUUUUUAAAACAAUUUAUUCUUCUCAAAUACCUGCUUGGAAUUAAAAUUAGAGUCAUCUUUGAGUUAAAACUUAUUCAUAAAUUCAAAUAUUAAGCUUACCUUUUAGAUACCAUUACAAAUUGAAUUGUAAGAUGUUUAACUGCACAAUUCUUUGAUGACAUUUAAUGAAGAAAAUUAAAUAUAAAUAAUUUAAAUAGAGAACUCAAUUUUUGCCUAGAUGAACAACAUAAAAAUACCUACAAAAACUAAAGUGCUUAAAAUCAAAAAUUCUUAGUUUGAAUAGGUAGUUAUUGAUACUUCUCAAUGUAUUGAUAUUAUGUUGCUUUAUCUCUCUGAGAAUACUUUUCUUUGUAAUGGAAUUGUUAAAAGUCCUAUUUUGGUUCCAUCUCUCUAAUCAAGAAUUUUAAACUAAAAAUUUGGAUCUUCCUCUUUUCUAUCUAAAAAUACUUUCAUAGGGUAUACUCAUAGUGUUAUGAGUUAGCCUGAUUUCUUAGAUAAAUAUGUUGAAAAAUAAAAUCCUCAAAGUUCGGAAACAGAGGCCUUUGCAUUUUUGUUAGAAGCCAAUAAUUUCAUUGCAGACAAAUCAACUUUUCUAGAAAAUGAAAAUUUUUAUUUAAACUAAAAGAAACCUAUAUUUAAUGUAGAAAGUAUUUAAGUAAAUUUAAAUAUAGUAGAUACUAAAUAAUUAUUUUAUAUUGAAGAGUAUAACUAGAGGAAUGAAUUUCUAUAAAUAUAACAGAUUAAUUAUUUAAAUAGUGGAUAUCACUUAGAUUAUAAUCCAUUUUAUUUGUAAGUUAUCAAUGUAUAAUUUGCUUAAGAAGUGCAACCGGUCUAUAAAAUGUAUAUUUCGAACAAUGAAGAUUAUAUUUUUGAAGCUAGUGACUCUAAAAUGCAAAUUAUUAGGUAUAAAUAUAACACAAUUUCUUUCAGAUCAGCUGAAGACAAAAAUGUGAUUUAUGAUGUCUAAAACCUGUAAUUGUAAAUUACAUCUUUAAAGUAAAAUAGGAAAUCAAAUAGAUACAGAUUUUUCAUUUAAAAUUUAUCCCAAGCAAUUAAGAAAAUAACAGCCACAAUCCUAAAUAAUUCAAAUGAAAAAACUAUCAGCUUUGUAGAAGGUUCAAAAUCUUUUUCAAAAAAAGGAAUUAGUUUGAAUAGAUUUCCAAAUUAAAAUUUGAUAUCUAUAGAAUGGAAAUAACUUAAUACUCUAACUCAAUUAGAAAUAUCAUUUGAGCUUUGCGAUAUUGGCUAAUUUUUAAAUUUAUCUACAAAUGAAUGUGUCUAAUCUUGUUCUGACAAUUAAAAUAAGCUAGGCUUCGUUUGUAAAAAUAAAUUUCAAAAUACUUAUAGCUUUUAUCUAGAGCAAUUGAAUGGAGGAUAAAAUUAAUACAUUUAAUGCGGAUAUGGAUGCAAGGUAUGUGAAAAUAAGUAAUCAUGCUUGGAAUGUUAUGAGACUUUUAAAGUGGAUAGUGGUAAAUGCGUAGACACUUGUAACCAAAAUGAAUUCUAUAGCAAUAAUCAGUGCUAACAAUGCUUCGAGGGCUGCCAGAAUUGUGAUUCAUAAGACAACUGUAAUGUUUUACAAUCACAUAAGAUUGACAGCGUAGGUAAAAAAUGCACUGAUGGAGAAAUAAGUUUUUAAGGAAAUUGUUAAAAAUGCUCAACUGAGUGCCAAACUUGUGUAGGAUAAUCUUUUUUUGAUUGUACUUCAUGUUCUGAAAAUUAUAGUCUAUUCAAGAAUUUAUGUAUAAAAGCUGUAGAUAAUGUGCUAUCUAGAAAUGAACUAUGUUAACCUGGAUACGGAUAUGAAGGAACUUCAAAUAAAUGUAUAAAGUGUUAAGAAAAUUGUUUAGAAUGUGAAACUUAAACAAUAGUUCGUGGAAGUAAAGGUAUGGUAUGCAACACUUGCACUUAAUAGUCCUAUCAAAACGGUGAAAUCUUAUUUAUGAAGUGCGAUAAAUGCCCUCCAGGCCAUUUUAACAGGCUAAAUAAAUGUGAAGAAUGCGAUAAUAGUUGUGAUCAAGAAAAAGGUUGCUUUGGACCUUCUAGCUUUCAAUGCAACAAAUGUAAAGCAGGGUAUUUUAAACAUAGUUCAACUAAUGAGUGUUUGUCUUGUAGUGAAAGUUGUUUAGAAUGUGAAUAAAAUAAGGAUAAAUGUACAUCAUGUCCUUAAAUUAAUCCUAUAUUACAUAACAAUAUUUGCUUAGAAGAAUGCCCAAGUGGGUUUUUUUCAAUAAAAGUAAAUGAUAUUUUGAAUUGUCUUGAAUGUGACAAAUCAAUUUGUAAGGAGUGUAAAGAUUAAAAAGCAUUUUGCACUAAGUGUGCAGAUUAUUCAAAAAUUCUAUUUGAAGGGGAAUGCUAUGAUGAGUGCAAAUAGGGGUUCUUUUAAGAUGCUUCAGGAGGCUGCUCUCCCUGUGAUUAAUAUAGGUGCAAAAAUUGUGUUUAAACACCAUAUAAAUGUACGAGCUGUAAUAAUAAUGAAUUCUUAAUAGAUCAUAAUUGUUAUUAGAAAUGCCCAUAGGAAGGGUAUUUUAUUGAUAAAAGUGCUGAUGAUUUGCAAUGCAGAAAAUGUCCUGAUACUUGUAGAAUCUGUUAAAAUAGUGAUGAAAAUCCAAAAGAUAUCAUAUGUAUAUAAUGUGAACUUGCCUUAGUUUUAGUAAAAGGUUAAUGUGAGGCUAAAUGCCCAAAAGGCUUUUAUGAAACAUAUUUAGACAAUAUAAUUCAAUGCUAAAAGUGUAUUAAUAAUUGUAGCUAGUGUCUUGAAAAAGAAGAUUUUUGCAUAUAAUGUUUAAAUGGUUAUUUUUUGUUUCAAAACAAAUGUCUAAGCAGCUGUCCUGCUGGGUAUUUCUAAGACACUUCAAAAAAUCAGUGUAUAAAUUGUAUUGAUAAAAACUGUGAAUCAUGUAGCAAUCAUAUUUUUUAUUGUUCUAAAUGCUAAAAUGGAUUUUUUUUGCAGCAAGGGUAGUGCAUAUAAACUUGCUCUGUAGGAUUUUACUCAACAAAUUUAAAUGGAGUGCUAAAAUGCUUGAAAUGUGAUAAAGAAUGUGAAGAGUGUAAAGAUGGUCCUUCUAAUUGUACUAAAUGUGAAAAAAGUAGCUAUGUUUUUGAAUAAAACUAAUGUCUCCUUUCUUGUCCUCUUAACACCUAUCCUGACAUACAAAGAAUCUGUUAGCCUUGCAGGUAAGAGUGUACCAAAGGAUGUGUUGGACCUGAUUUAGAAGACUGUUUGGAAUAAAUAUAGAUAAUUCUACAAAAGAAUAACGAUGCUCUAUAUGUUGCAAUUUUCUUUCCAAUAUGCAUAAUAAUAGCUAUCACAUGCAUAUAUAUAUACCGUUUGUUUAAAAAAAAAUAAUAAUAAGCUGAUAAUAACAACACUUAAGAAAAGUAUAAAAGAUAAAGCACUGAUGUACUGACUCUAGUUUAACUAGAAAAUGUUGAAAGCAUUAAGCCUAGUUGA